AUGAAGAUCGCUACCAUCGCCCUCUUCCUCCUCGGUGCUGUCGCUGCUGUCCCCGCCAACAAGACCGCUUCCGCUGCCGAGAUCACUGCCAUCGACACCAACGACAAGGCAUCCUGCAGCAUCUCUUGCAGCCUUUGGUACAAGAAGUGCUACUUCCGUCCCUGGGCCUACACCUGCGAUGAUCACGGUAACUUCAGGCGUCGCGGCUGGAACCCGGACUGUGACGCCAACUGCUGGUGCGUGUGCGACGCCAAGCUCUAA